GAAGUGUCAUAUGAUGUCAAAAGUUUACAUUUUUCUAAUUUUUGGUAAUUUAUGCAAUGUUUAAUCACCGUGGCAUUUAAAUCAACACAAACCCAAACAUUUCAGACAAAAUUAAACAAUGGUAUGUGUCAAAACUUUUCGUCAUUUUUUAGUCGUAUCAAGAUGAGGAAGAAGGUGGGGCUUUUGAUGGGCAUGCAAGUUCGUUUCCUAAAGAUUUUGGUUAUGGGGCCUUUGACGGGGACCACGACGUGAGCCUGUCAGCUUCUGGGGAGCAGAAACCUCGAAUACUUCUCAUGGGGCUAAGGAGAUCUGGGAAAUCGUCGAUACAAAAAGUCGUUUUCCAUAAAAUGUCCCCAAAUGAAACUCUCUUCCUUGAAAGUACAAAUAAGAUAGUUAAGGAUGACAUAAACAACUCUAGUUUUGUCCAGUUCCAAAUCUGGGAUUUUCCGGGACAGAUCGAUUUUUUUGAUUCGUCGUUUGAUUCCGAUAUGAUUUUUGGCGGCUGUGGGGCUCUAGUUUUCGUCAUAGAUGCCCAGGACGACUACAUGGAAGCUCUCAAUAAACUCAACCUCACGGUCACAAAAGCAUACAAAGUGAACCCCUCAAUAAAAUUUGAAGUUUUCAUUCAUAAAGUCGACGGUUUAGGCGAUGAUUUCAAAAUGGAGUCGCAAAGGGACAUCCACCAGCGAGCCACGGACGAUUUGGCCGAUUCUGGUUAUGACCAAAUUCAUCUGAGUUUUCACCUGACGUCGAUUUAUGACCACUCGAUUUUUGAAGCUUUCUCCAAAGUAGUACAGAAAUUAAUCCCCCAAUUACCGGCCUUAGAAAACUUGCUCAAUAUUUUAAACACUAAUUCGGCAAUUGAAAAAUCAUUUUUGUUCGAUGUUGUUUCAAAAAUCUACAUAGCGACAGACUCGACGCCUGUGGACAUGCAAAGUUACGAACUGUGUUGCGAUAUGAUCGACGUUGUAAUUGACGUAUCGUGGAUUUAUGGUCAAGUUUUCAGUGUAAAAGAGGAACAAGAUCCGGCGGCUUUCGACGAGCAGAGUUCUAGUCUUAUUAAAUUAAAUAACGGUACUGUUCUGUAUUUGAGGGAAGUCAAUAAAUUUCUGGCUCUAGUCUGUAUUUUACGAGAAGACAAUUUCGACCACAAAGGAAUCAUCGAUUACAAUUUUUUGUGCUUUCGGGAAGCGAUUCAGCAAGUUUUUGAAUUGCGAAAUAAGUGCCAAGGUAACUCGUUAACUAAUUCCGCAGGCAGCCCUAUAGUUAAUGGAAAUAAUAUUAUGGGAGAGCGGCAUUUAAGUCCCACACUAACUGAUGAGCUAGGUAGUAAAUAAAUUAAAUAAAUGUAAGAAAUAAAAUUGUAAAUAGGUACAAUGUGCCUUUUAUUUUUGUCUACGACAUUGUUAUUUUUUAUGUUUAUUGUUUCAUAUAUUUUAAAAAGUCUAAAUGUAUAUAUAGUGUCUUUUCAUGUAUCAUCUUGUAACAAUUUAAGUUUUGUAAACACACUGUCAGCUAAGCUUGUUUCAAUAAAUUCUUUAUUAUUGA